UUUCAUGCUGCACGUUAGUAAAUCCUUUGUUUCUUCCUUUAAGAUACCUGUGUGUGGACUCCCAUCAUCUCUCCAGGUUCAGUGAUUGGCUGGGAGAACACUCAGGACUCAGCAUAUAGUCCUACAGCUACAAUUUAUUAUAGAAAAGGCACAAAGCGAAGUCAGCCAGGGGAAAAGUCACACAGGGUGAAAUCCAGAAGAAACCAGGUGCGAGUUUCCGAGAGUGUUUUCCCAGUGGAGUCACACAGGACACUUUUAAUUCCUCCAACUGAGUUGUAAGAGCAUGUGUGAAACGUCUACCCAUGAAAGUUCAUUAGAGACUCAGGGCUCAGAGGUUUUUCUGGUGUCUGGCCACAUAGGCACCCUGUGCCUGGCACAUACCAGAAUUCCAGACUUUGAGAAGGAAGUACAGUUUAGGCACAACAAGCCGUUUCGUCAGUACUGGGGGUGGUGGGAACCCUUCCCAAAUCCAGGUUUCCAGGUGCCAGCUAAGGGCCAGCCUUGCAGGCAGGUCUUUCUAAGGACAGCAGUCUCGGGCCUGGUAACUCUUUCUGCACAUUAUCAGAUUCUGCACUCAUAUCAUCAUCACCACAGUUGCUUUCCUCGUGACACUACGGCUGCCCCUUACGCAUUUCAGGAUGAUCCCUACCUCAUACCAACAUCCUCUUUGGAAUCCCGUUCGUUUUUAUUGGCAAAGAAGUCUGGGGAGAAUGCAGCAAAGUACGUUAUUAAUUCACAUCCCAAAUAUUUUCAGAAGGACAUAGCUGAACCUCAUAUACCGUGUUUAAUGCCCGAGUACUUUGAACCUCAAAUUGAAGAUAUAAGUGAAGCAGCCUUGAGGGAAAGAAUCAAGCUCAAAAAAGUGAAAGCAUCUGUGGACAUGUUUGAUCAACUCUUGCAAGCAGGAGCCACUGUAUCUUUGGAAACAAGUAAUAGUCUCUUGGAUUUGUUGUGCUACUAUGGUGACAAGGAGCCCUCAACUGAUUAUCAUUUUCAGCAAAGUGAAAAAUCCGAAGAGUUGGAGGAGGCCGCAGAGGAAAAUAACGAGAAAUCGAAGAAGGCCAGUCAUCAGUUUGGAGACCAAUGGAGGCCAAAAAACAAUGCUGAGAGAAUCUUUGCUCUCAUGCCAGAGAAAAACUCACACUCCUACUGCACAAUGAUCCGAGGAAUGGUGAAGCACCGAGCUCUCGUGCAGGCAUUAAACUUGUACACUGAAUUACUAAACAACAGACUCCAUGCUGAUGUGUACACCUUCAAUGCAUUGAUUGAAGCAACAGCAUUGAGUACGCAUGAGAAACUGGAGGACAGAUGGAAUAAUAUACUGGAGCUGCUAAAACAAAUGGCUGCUCAGAAGGUGAAACCAAACCUACAGACAUUUAAUACCAUUCUGAAAUGCCUCCGAAGAUUUCACGCAUUUGGAAAAGUGCCAGCCCUGCAGACCUUUCGUGAAAUGAAAGCCAUCGGAAUAGAACCCUCGCCUGCAACAUACCAUUAUCUUAUUCAGCUGUUUUAUCACCACGAAAACCGUUCAAAAGGAUCAUCCCUCAUAAUCUAUGAUAUUAUGAACGAAUUAACGGGACGGAAAUUUUCCCCAAGGGACCCAGAUGACGAUAUGUUUUUUCAGUCAGCCAUGAGAGUUUGCUCAUUUCUCAGAGAUCUAGAACUUGCUUAUCAAGUACAUGGCCUUUUAAACACUGGAGACAACUGGAAAUUCAUUGGACCAGAUCAUCGGCGUAAUUUCUAUUAUUCCAAGUUUUUCAGUUUGCUUUGUCUAAUGGAACAAAUUGAUGUCACCUUGAAGUGGUACAAGGACCUGAUACCUUCAGUGUUCUUUCCCCGUUCCCAAACUCUGAUAGAUCUUCUCCAAGCAUUGGAUGUGGCCAACCGGCUAGAAGUGAUUCCUCAAAUUUGGAAAGAUAGUAAAGAAUAUGGUCACACUUUUCGCAAUGACCUGAAAGAAGAGAUUCUGAUGCUUAUGGCGAGGGAUCAGCACCCACCAGAGCUUCAGGUGGCGUUUGCUGACUGUGCUGCAGAUAUCAGAUCCACUUACGAGAGUCAGGAUGGCAGACAGACUGCUCCUGAGUGGCCAGCCAACUCUCUGAACUAUAUCGCUGUCCUCUUUUUAAGGGCUGGGAGAACCCAGGAAGCCUGGAAAAUGUUGGGGCUUUUCAAGAAGCAUAAUAAGAUCCCUGGAAAUAAGUUGCUGAACGAGUUUAUGGACAGUGCAAAAGCAUCCAGCAGCCCUGCCCAGGCCAUUGAGAUAGUGAAGCUGGCAGGUGCCUUCAGUUUGCCUAUUUGUGAAGACCUUGCCCAGAGAGUGAUGGCUGACUUUGCGAUCAGCCAGGAACAAAAGGAAGCCCUGGGAAACCUAACCUCACUGACCAGUGAUAGCGACAGUGACAGCGACACCAGUGAAGGCAAAUAAGAGUGGGCAAAUCAGGAGAAGCUGUGGCCUGGAAUAGCUGUUAAAAUUACACUUGAGAACUGCCAUCUCCAUCUAACCAUAUUGUGAAGAAAACAAGAGAAUUCAGCCUUGAACUUUGAAGAACAAUAGAUACAACAUGGACUAAAUUCCUAAUUUGAUACUUCCUAAGCCACCCUUUCAGGGUUGACCAUUUAAACAGAAGCAGCACUACCAUUUUCCUUUCUUUGGACAUGCAGUGUGAGGACACAGCUCCUAGCUUCAGCAUAAGCUCUGCGGACCUACAAUGUUUGUUCGGCCAACUUCACAUGCUGUCCAGUGUGGUCUGCCCUCCCCUCUCAUGGACUUGGCCUUUGUUGGCUGAUGCUAUGAUGGUGGUACUUCCUCAGUCUUUGAGAAGGUGGCUAAAGGAGAUUUGCAGUACAAAUCUCUGAUACUAGAUUAGUAACCCAAUUUC